AAGCCUUGUUAUUUGUUUCACGCAUUUCAUCAAACACAUAACGCACGUACCCGCAACAUAGACUCAGUUUUCUUUAUUAAUGAUGAGGUCAGGGAAGUUUGGAUUUUUUGUUGUCGUGCUCUUCUUGAGCUCUUCUAAUUGUUUAGCUUGGUUUGGUAGUAGUAAACACAAAAGUUCAAGUGCAAAUCAACAACCCUCGUCAUCUUCAUCAUCACCUUUACCUUCAUUGUUAAACCGUUUUCGUUCUGGCUCAUCCGUCGUGUUCCCGGUUCACGGGAAUGUUUACCCUGUUGGGUUUUAUAAUGUGACUCUCAACAUUGGGCAACCACCAAGGCCAUAUUUUCUUGAUAUUGACACCGGUAGUGACCUAACAUGGCUUCAAUGUGAUGCACCUUGUUCUCGUUGCUCUCAGACACCACACCCGCUUUACAGGCCUAGCAAUGACUUAGUACCCUGCAGGGAUUCCCUUUGUGCAUCCGUGCACCAGACAGAUAACUAUGACUGUGAAGUCCAGCAUCAAUGUGACUAUGAAGUUGAGUAUGCAGAUCACUACUCAUCCCUUGGUGUACUUGUCAAUGAUGCCUAUGUUCUCAAUUUUACAAACGGAGUGCAACUUAAAGUUCGUAUGGCACUUGGAUGUGGAUAUGAUCAGAUUUUUCCAGAUUCUUCCUACCAUCCCGUAGAUGGAAUGCUUGGCCUUGGCAGGGGUAAAUCCAGCUUGAUAUCACAACUAAAUAGUCAGGGUUUGGUGAGAAAUGUCGUCGGACACUGUUUGAGUGCACAAGGAGGAGGAUACAUCUUCUUUGGAGAUGUUUAUGAUUCUUCUCGAUUGACUUUGACUCCAAUGUCAUCAAGAGAUUACAAACAUUACUCAGCGGGGGCAGCUGAACUCAUCUUUGGAGGGAAGAGGACCGGAUUUGGAAAUCUUUUUGCUGUUUUUGACACCGGGAGUUCUUACACUUACUUCAACUCUGACGCUUAUCAAGCACUAGUUUCUUGGUUGAAGAAGGAAUUAGCUGGAAAGCCCAUAAAAGAAGCACCUGAAGAUCAAACUCUCCCUAUGUGUUGGUAUGGAAAAAGACCUUUCAGAAGUGUAUAUGAAGUCAGAAAAUACUUCAAGCCAAUUGCAUUUAGUUUCCCAAGCAGUGGGAGAAUGAAAGCCCAAUUUGAAAUCCCUCCUGAAGCAUAUUUGAUUAUAUCAAACAUGGGAAAUGUUUGCUUGGGCAUUCUUAACGGAUCUGAAGUAGGAAUGGGGGAUCUUAACCUAAUCGGAGACAUAUCCAUGCUAGACAAAGUGAUGAUAUUUGACAAUGAUAAGCAGUUGAUCGGUUGGGCACCGACAGAUUGUAACCGAGUUCCAAAAUCUAGAGAUGUCAGCUUUUGAUUACAAAAGAUACCUCAGUCCACUGAAUUUAUAUCUGCUACUAUCCAACUGUAUAGAAUAGGAUAUAUGGUUGUAUCAAAUGAAUGUUGAUAUGUUUGUAAAGAUAUCCUUGUGCAUAGUAUAUUUGUAAGUGCCUAAGUGGAAUAAGGGUCUACACUGACUAGUCACAGCCUAUGAAACAUGGAUACUGACACAGAUACAUUGACACCUAUAAUCAUUUGAGAAAAUUAAUUAAUUAAAUGUAAUCAAUGUGUCGGUGUCGUGUCGGUGUUAGACACUGACACGUGUUGAACACUGAGACACGCCUUCGAUCAGGAAUGUUAGAACCAUAAAGGUUACAACUAACAAAGUUAUAAGUCA